CCCCCCCCCCCCCCCCCAAUCCCCUGCCCUCCUCUUCCCCUCCACGGAGCCUACAUCCCCCCCUCCCCCUCCCCAACGUACAGCAUGCCGCAGGAAUCGAGCGCCGCCCCCUGCCAGCCCCUCCCCUCGGUGGGCGGUCUGGCGGUGGUUGACCUGGGCACCGGCGUCGGCUCGGACGCCCUCCCCCCGGUGAUGCGCUUUGUGCGGUCGGUGCGCAAUGCCGGGCUGUAUGCCGGGCUGUGGCGCCGGAGCGCGUCGACCGGCAUCCUGGAGGCCGACAUCUUCGACCAGGCCGACCCCCGGGUGCAGGGCCUGCUGGACAUCCGCCCGGCGGGGGUCAUCAUCUACGGCGGCCCCGGGACCGAGACCCUCAGCACCCUGGCCGCGGACCUUCCCUGCAUCACGGGCCUCGGCCUGCCGGUGAUGCUGCUUGGCACCGGCGCGUGCCAGCUCGCCGGCCAGCUUGAGGAGGCCCUGGCCGGGCGCGCGGCGGCCCCCUGCAAGCCCGAGGCCCUGGCCCGUGGCCUGGACCUGGUGGGGAACCUGCGCCAGGCGGCUGGCCUGCCGGCCGGCUGGCAGCCGGUCGGCUCCCAGUCGCAUGUUGCGCUGUCAUCCCGCGCGGCGGUGCUCGCCUGCGCCGAGCUUCCGCCGAUGGACGCCCUGUGGCCGGUGGCCGCGCUGGACGGGCCGUGGACCGUGCCGGAGCCGGAUGUGGCUGACCGGUCGGCCCCGCGGCCGUACGGCUUCGAUGUGGACAACUUCGCCGGGCUCUUUGACCGGGAGUCCGCCAGCCGGGCCGAGGUGCUGGCCAUCAAUUUCGGGGAGUUGCUUUGCGGGCUGGACCGCCGGGCGGCCGAUGCCUGGACCCCGGGGCGCUUCUUCGAUCUCAUGUCCGCCAGCAUCGCCGGGGCCAUCCACCCGGAGAAGCAUGUCAUCGGCGCGGUUUCCGGCGGUGUGGACAGCUCGGUGGCUGCGGCGCUGGUUGCGCGGUCCCUCGGGUCGCGCUUCCACGCCAUUCUUGUGGACCACGGCUGCCUGCGGCAGAACGAGGUGGCCGAGGCGUCGUGCCUGCUGAAGUCGGUGCUUGGUGAUGCGGAGCUCCGUGUGGUCGAUGCGUCCGACACUUUCCUGUCGGCCCUGGACAAUGUCAUCGCGCCCGAGAAGAAGCGCAUGAUCAUCGGCCACACCUUCAUCGACACCUUCGAGCAGCAGUCCAAGCUCAUCCCCGAGGCGGCAUACCUCCUGCAGGGGACCCUCUACACGGAUGUCAUCGAGUCGGCCCCAUCGGCCAGCAGCGUCUCGGCAGCCGCGCCCCUCCCCCCCGGCCAGGCGACCACCGAGACGGAGCAGCCGGCCGAGCAGGAGUACGACUCGGCGGCCUCGUCCUCCGACGAGGAGGAGGGCCUCAGCGCCGGCGGCGCGCCGUCGGUCAAGUCCCACCACAAUGUGGGCGGCCUGCCGGAGCGGCUGGCCCUGCAGCUGCUGGAGCCGCUGCGGCUGCUGUUCAAGCAUGAGGUCCGCGGCCUGGGGGCCCUGUGCCUGGGCCUGCCGGCGGCGUCGGUCUGGCGCCGGCCCUUCCCCGGCCCGGGGCUGGCCAUCCGGGUGGUGAAUGCGCCGCUGACGCGCCGGCGCCUGGCGCGCCUGCGCCGCGCGGAUGCCAUCCUGCAGGCGGCCCUGGCGGACCCCCGGCGCCCGGCCAGCCUGCGCCGGCAGAUCGGCCAGGCCUUCGCCGUGCUGCUGCCCUCGGUCCGGGCCGUCGGCGUGACCAUGGCCCGGGGCGGCGCCGCCAGCGACCACCACCAGAGCCGGCGCCGGCGCUACGCCGGGGUGGUUGUCCUGCGCGCCGUGUCGACCGGGGAUUACAUCGACGCCGUGUCGGUGGACCUGCCGCAUGACCUGGUGGAUGAGGUGUCCCGGCGCAUCCUGGCCGAGGUCCCGGGCGUCGGGAGGGUUGUGGUCGAUGUGAGCCCCAAGCCCCCGGCCACCAUCGAGUGGGAGUGAUUGUUGAUGUGCACGCCCCCGCGGGCGGGGGGGCUUCCUCCCACUUUCCGCCCAUUCGCGCCCCCCCCCCCAUUUCCCUGAUACACACGCAGCCGGGCCGGCCGGCCUGCCGAAAGA